AUGGAACCUGUUCAAACAGCGGGGGAUGGCCGAGAACAAUCAUAUAAAAUCUACAGUAUGUAUAAGCGGGUUGAAAAUCACGAUUCUACGGCUAAACUCAGUUCUCUUCCCCAAAACAAUCGUAACGCGAAGCCAGGACAUUACACCAUGAGCGAUCAGACAUUCCAUACACCCUCCUUUGGCGACGAAGAAUUUGAUAUUCCUCUUAUCCAUGGACAACAACCAACGAGUGGAAACGGGCAAAAUUCUCAUAUGCAGUACCCACAAAUGCACCACUCGGCACCUCAGGUAUUAUUGUAUACAAUGCUUUAA